GGCGGCGAAACCCGCUCACCGGGGAGGGAGGAGAGGGUCCGAGGGAUGCCAGCGGCGGAGGACCCUGCCUCCACCUUUUGUUCGCUGCCGGAGGGAGCGCGGGGGCAAAAUGGCGAUCCCCUCCCUCACCACUGUAUCUCUAACUCCACACCGUUGGCUUUGUGUGUGCCGACAAGCCUGGCCGGGCUGCCCGCAGCCGGGCAGGGAUGGGAUGCUUCCCCCGCCCCGGGCUGCCCUGCCCCGGGCGGGCCACCUCUCCCGGCGGCCGCCUUCUCCCCGCCCCCCCCCCCCCCCCCCCCCCCGGGGUGCAGCAGGGCCGUGAGGGAACGGGGAGCAGCAGCACACGCCCCGGGCGUCGUUACGGUAGGGAGCGGCCGCAGCCCCUCGGGGGUAAGCCGCCUUUCCAAAACCUGCACCGGUCAAAAAGUAUUGGAAAGGCUCACAGAGGAGGUGCAGGCAUGUUUAGAGAGAAACUUGAGGAGAAGCACUUCUGCAAACAGUCGGCAGACAACUUAGCUCUUCUCUAGCGAAGCUAUGUUUUACAAAGCAUGGCCCAGUAAUGUCUUCAAUUAUGCUGUUACGAAAGCACAGAUAAAAAUGGAAAAAACCGCGGCUCUCCAGCCUGACGUUGCUGCCUAAGGCCACAGCGGCUGCACAGACGGAAGUGUUUCUCUUAGAUGAAGAGACUGAGAUGCACAGCUGUUUCUUUCCUGAUCUAGACUUGGCGCUGUCAUUGACCUCUUUGGUGUACGCACAGGCAAUUUCUCGUCCCUUCGCUUUCCCAUCUAAAAUGGUUUCCUGCAUCUUACAGGUAAAUUUUAAUUAACACAGGCAAAAGGCCCUCCAGCCUUUGGAGAGAGUUUGAAGAAGUCUUGCCUGAAUGUUUCUGAGCGUUGUUCUGCUUCUAGCUGCUCAGCAUGUCGUGGCUGCUCCAGCUCUGCACGCUCUGACCAUGAGCAGCAAUUCUUCCCUCAGCAAUGUGAAGGGCCUGAGGAACCUCACCACGCAGGAUGACGGGGCAGUCAGAGUCACAGAGUCCAUUGCUAUAAUCGUCAUUGCUAUUUUCAUCUGUUUGGGCAACCUGGUGAUUGUCGUCACUCUCUAUCGGAAGUCUUACCUUCUCACGUUAAGCAACAAGUUUGUGUUCAGCCUGACCCUCUCCAACUUUCUGCUCUCUGUACUGGUGCUACCUUUUGUUGUCACCAGCUCCAUCAGGCGGGAAUGGAUCUUCGGAGUCGUUUGGUGCAAUUUCUCAGCCCUGCUCUACAUGCUGAUCAGCUCAGCCAGCAUGCUUACUCUUGGACUCAUAGCUAUAGACCGGUACUACGCUGUCCUUUACCCAAUGGUUUACCCGAUGAAGAUAACAGGCAACAGAGCAGUGGUAGCUCUUGUGUAUGUGUGGCUACAUUCCCUUAUUGGCUGCCUGCCUCCCCUCUUCGGCUGGUCGUCUUUGGAGUUUGACCAAUUCAAGUGGAUGUGUGUGGCGGCCUGGCAUAAAGAGGCUGGCUACACUGCCUUUUGGCAGAUCUGGUGCGCGUUGCUGCCUUUCGUGGUCAUGAUGAUCUGCUAUGGAUUCAUAUUCCGCGUGGCAAGGAUUAAGGCCCGUAAAAUCCACUGUGGUAGUGUCGUCAUUGUGGAGGAGGACUCCCAGAGGAAUGGGAGGAAAAACUCCAGCACCUCCACAUCCUCUUCUGGCAGCAGAAGGAACGCUUUCCAAGGGGUUGUCUACUCAGCCAACCAGUGCAAAGCUUUCAUAACCAUCUUGGUUGUCAUCGGUGCUUUUGUGAUUACAUGGGGGCCCUACAUGGUAGUAAUUACAUCAGAGGCACUUUGGGGAAAAAAUAGUAUUUCCCCUGCCUUGGAAACAUUAGCUACGUGGUUGUCCUUUUCCAGUGCCAUUUGCCAUCCACUAAUUUAUGGACUGUGGAACAAGACGGUGCGCAAGGAACUACUAGGAAUGUGCUUUGGGGAUCGAUAUUAUCGUGAGUCCUUUGUUCAGCGGCAUAGGACAUCACGGUUAUUCAGUAUUUCCAAUAGGAUCACAGAUUUGGGACUAUCUCCUCAUCUCACCGCCCUCAUGGCAGGCGGGCGGCCAUUAGGAAACAGCAGCAGCACAGGAGACACAGGUUUCAGCUGCUCACAGGAUUCAGGAACAGAUGCAAUGCUUCUUGAAGAUUACAGCUCGGAUGGCCCUCAUGCCCCACACUGCAUCUGUCCCCCUCGAAGAAGGAGUUCAGUGACGUUUGAAGAUGAAAUAGAGCAAAUUAAAGGUGGGUUUAGGGAAGCUGCAAAGAAUUCUGUUCUUCAUGUAAAAGCUGAAGUCCAUAAAUCUCUGGACAGUUAUGCAUCCAGUUUAGCAAGAGCUAUUGAAGCUGAUGUGAAAAUCAGUUUGUUUGGGGAAGAUGCUUUACCAGGAGCUCUGUUCCCUGUGCGGACUCUUCCAGGGAGCAGUAUGAACACACGGCGUGGCGUCAGGCCCCAUGCUAGCCAAAGACUUCAGUUGCAGAGCAUCGAUGAAGGGAGUAUUUGAUAGGAGCACCGGAGUAAGAAAACAGAACAAAACCACUAAGCAGGACCUACUACAGCUGUUUCUUUUUUCACAGAACCAGGACACCUUGUCUGGGUGUUUUCAGUGUUUAUUCAACACUUGAAACCAGCUGAAUUCUGGUACUUACAACAGCAUUUUGCAGCAGUAUUUGUUUACUGGUUAGGGUGCUAUGGACUUUUUUGUGCUAUGUCUUAAAUCUACCACACAGUGCACAGGAAUGCAGGGUUUGGUUUCAUAAGUCUGUCAAAUCUUGGGUUCAUUAUUGGCCAAAGCUGAUACAAGAAUGAAAAAGGAAAAGCAUGUGCAGUGUUUAAUUCAUUAUUGCAUUGAUCCUUUUCUGACCACCAGAACAAUCAGUUUAUACCUGAUAGCCAGAGUGCUCUGAUAGGAGCUUCUGCAUUGCAUACUACACGCAGCCUUCCUGUCACAGACUCCCAAAUGAUGGAGCGUGGACUUCACUAAGGGACAAAACCUGAACUUUUCAGAGAGCUCAUGCAGAUGAUGGUCCUGCUUAUCCUUGCUAGCGGAUAUUUCUGGCUGUUCAGCCAUCAGAAUACUAGAUCUGAAACUGGGUUGUGCUUUGCUUCUGCAUUAUGACACACCAGCUUCUCUAGGUGUAAUGGGUGGAAGCAGACCCGUGCUGGAAAUGUCAUGGAGACAGUAUUUGAGGAAAUCAUCCAUGCAGGGUUCUUAGUUUCUCCAAGAACUUAAUUCAUUUCCCCUGUUUUGCUUUUACUGAAAGGGCACUCUAUGGUUAUGGUAAUCUUGACAGAACAUAAAUAAGGUAUUAACACUUGAUAGUCAGGAUUCAUCUUUUCUAGAGAGAAACGUUCUGAGUUUUUGUUGGGUUUUUUAGGGGAGGAGGUUGUUUUGGUUUUUUUUUUUAAUCAUGAGGGAAUGUAGUAUUUAAGCAAUAGUUACCUCAGUGCAUAUAUUUCUUGGAGUAUUAAUUCAUUAAUCUUUAAAAUUAAGGACAUUUGGCACUUAUAUUGCACUUUGCAUGCUCUUAAGCACUGUACGGACAUUACCUUGUUAGGCCUGUGUGAGAGGGUUGAUCAGCCCUGCUUGCCAAAGAAGGGGAACUCGCCAACAGUCAAGCUGCUGGCAAUGGAACAAGCUGCGAAGGUGGGAGGGUUUGUUACAAAAAGAGGGAUGAGGUGGAUCAUAGGAGAAUGCCUGGCUUGAGGAACCUUUCUGUGCCUUCCGGGGCUGGCCCCUUUCUUACUUUGUUGGGGGUUACAGCCCUGCCUUACUGCUUAUUUCAAAGAGAGGGAGACGUAAGUGAAUAGGAUAAUAUCUUGGGGGUGGGUGUCAGUGGCAAAUGGACUUAAGGACGAAGGAUUUGCAUUUGCUUACUCUGUGUCUGCUCCCCCUGACUCCGCCUUUCCCCAGCAGUGGUUUGUAUGAGUUUUUGCUGCAGAUUGUUUGGAAAUCAAGGACAGGAUGUUUCCAUCUGGGCAAAAACUGGGUGUACGCUUGUUAAAUUAUGGCUGUGUGUGACUUAGAGGUACAGAAGCAAACUUUUUGAGGCAGAGCCUCAGUCCAGUACUGUAUUUAGACAUCCUAUUUGUCUGUGUUCCCAACUCAAAUAUAUUUUAGCACAAGCUUAUGUCCAUCUCUGGACAAAGCAGCUUGACUUUAUGGACUAGCCUGAAUUCCCAUUACAUUCCCAUGUAAGAUUUACUGCAUGCUUAAAAUUCAGUACACGGUUUGCUGAUUAAGAGCAGGCUGUUAAAGCAAGAACACUUAAGCACCAGUAAGAUGGCUGUUUGCAUAAUGCAGGAAUGAAAUGACUAAUAGUAUUGAGGUCCUCACUCCUGUCUUUUUUUUUUUUGCUUGUAGUGUGUUAGAUAAAUUGGCACCUGUGGGCACUCAUAAAAAAUAAUUAAAAAUCCCAGUAUUUGCCAGGAAAUUCCCUGCACUGAGGUCAUUAUUGCCAUCUUAACAUUACAGUCACAGUUGCUCAUAGUACUUGGCACUCCUUAAGGUAUACACUUGCCUCAGGUGGCUUGAAAUAUUUUAUCUGCAUCCCUUUUAUUUCAUAUUCCUGCUUCAAAACAAGCUGAGCAAAGUUGUUGCUGAAUGUGAAAAGGACACGUGCUAGUAUGAAUGCAUUGUGGUGGACUGAAGUAGGUGCUAGCCCAAAAGAGUGUAUAUUUAGGAGGAAGAAUUCCUAAGGCACGUGUGAAAGCACAAAAUUGUUAGUACUGUGUAAAAAAGCACAUUUUUCACGCAGGUACUGAGCCGAAUUCAGCCUUCAGGCAGGUCAGUGGAGUUGCAUCAAUUUACACCCUGACUGAAUUUGGCUGUCAGUGUUAAUUUAGUGUAAAUGUUGUUAAUAUUUUUGUACACAACACAUUAUAACCUUUCCCUAAUUCUGUUAUUACCAGAGUCAUUAUCUCACUUGAAUUGUCUAACAGAAGCAGUAAUUAAGAAGAUGCACACAUUUUGUAAAACUGUACUCCCUGUCUUAAAUACAAAAGGAAAAAAAACCCAAUGAUUUCCAGC